AUCCACGCGGCUCCCCCAUUCCCCCCUCGGUUGGUGAUCAUAGAUCUGUUCCUCCUCCAUUAUCUCAAAGAGAUGAUCAGUUCCCCCGCAGCAGGCCUGGCUGCGGCCUUUGGGCUCUUCAUGGUUGCUAGUGCUCAUCCUAUUGCUACUGGCGACUUGCACGGAGAGAUUAGAGGCGUUCAAGCUCAUCGUGGAGGACUUGGAAUGAGGCCAGAGAGUAUAUUUGUCAAUUCCUCCCGGUUUUGAUUCAAGUGCUGAUGGUGGACAGGCACUCUCUUUGCCUUUGGCUACGCACUUGAGAUUGGAGUGGAUGUGCUUGAGAUGGAUACUGUAUGUUCCUGAUUAAUUGAGUUUUUUUCCCACAGAGAAAUAAUAUACGCUAACUAUCCUUAAGGUAUUCACGAAGGAUGGGAUUGUAAGUGCCAGUAAUGCCGAAUUUUUGUCAGGUUCGUUGGGUGCGCCAGCUAAUCUGCGACGUGCAUGUGAUAGCCGGUUAUCUGGCACGACCAUCGCAUUCAGAAUGACAAGUGCAACGAUACCGUCCCUGGUGCAAACUACGUAGGCAAGGUGAGAAAAAUACGAUACCAUGACGCUCUAAAAGACUUAUCCCGACAAUUGUCCUUUACGCCAAUUAUGAUACUAUAGUACAUCGCCAACCUGACCCUCGCACAAGUUCAGGUAAAAUGGAGCUCCCAGAGAUUCAACUCAGUUUCUAAUGCGUCACAGACAUUGGACUGUGGAAGCCAGCAACUUCCGAAGCAUGAUCAAGCAGAAUGUAUCCUACUUAAAUUCCCUAACUUGGAGAUUUUCUGUGGAGAGGUUAACGGGUAGCAGUGCACCCCCGUGCUAAAAUCUCCACCCUGGAGGAGGUUCUGGAUCUGAUUGACUGUUACGGUGACAAGAAGGUCGUACUUAAUCUUGAAGUGAAACAUCCUCCUUUCCCAGAUCGCUGAUUUGAUUCUAACCCCCUCCCCCGCGCAGACAAAACUUGACCCCGAGCACGCCAAUGAAACCCUCUCCGUCGAGACCUAUAUUGACAACAUCGUACCAAUCCUCCAGAGGCGUGGAUAUGCUGACAGAACCUAUAUCCAAUCGUUCGAUUGGCGCACAAUCGUCGGGAUCAAGAAGAAGUUUCCCAAGACCAGAACUGUUGCCCUCCUAGAUGAUACCACGGUGACUCCCUCCGGACACCUAGGAUACGCCUGGCUGGGCGGGAUUGAUGUAAGGGGUCAAUUACCCACACACUAAUCUCAUACUCUAACCAUUCACUAGCUCCAGAGAGACUUUGCCGGUGACUGGGUCAAGGCGGCACAUUCUAUCGGUGCAACUGCCCUCUCUCCCGUACACGGAACCCCUUCGUCCGCGUCUGUCAACACACCUGGUUAUAAACCCUUCACAACUACUGAUGUUGUCAACCGGGCCCAUGAGCUUGGUAUGAUGGUCAUCCCAUGGACGGUUGACGACGAGGUUACAAUCGAUAAGCUGUUUAGGCGAGUAACCCGUACACACCCCAAUGAAAUAGUAGGGUAUCUUUACUAACACAUGUUAUAUAGCGACGGGGUCGAGUGAGAUUUCCCUAUCCUGAAGCUUUGAACCAGGGAAAUUACUGACAUAUCCCAGCGAAAUUAUUUCCAAUUACCCUGAAAAGGUUAUAUGGAUUGGGCGUCAGCGCGGUGUCCACCUCGGCCUCAAGCGCAACCCAUCGAAGCCCCAAUGCUUUUCACGUGCG